UGGACAGGAGGACGCACGAGACCGAAGAAGUAACUGCGGAGGCUGAGCGCGCGGAGAGCUUUGGACACAGUGGCGGGAGCCUGGCACAGCGUUUUGACGCACGCACGCACUAUGGACUACUGUUGAGCUGAAACGGAAGAAGCAGUGCGCGCACGAUACAGCUGCUGCUCGUGCCUCAAACCUUACUCAUUUUGUAUUUGUUUGUUUGUUUUGUAGUUAUUUAACGACAGCUAUUUUUUUUUCGUAUAGCGACUAAUUUAUCUGAAUAAAACUGCGUCGAAAAACAAGUUUGGCAUCAUGAAGUUGCUGCUUUUACCAGUUUUAAUGGCUCUUUUCGCCGUCGCCCAAGUUUUUUGCGAGAACGACCCAAAAGAAGAGGUUGACUACUGGACGAGCAGUAAUCAAAUUCAGGACGGCUGGCUUUCCAACGACCCAUUCAGAGAAAUCCUCCUGAGGAUGACAAGAAAGCCGCGGCCACACCAGUUCAUCGGUCUGAUGGGGAAGCGCUCUAUGGCAAAUGCACAGAUCACCCGCAAAAGGCAUAAAGUCAACUCUUUUGUUGGACUGAUGGGGAAAAGGAGCCAAGAGGAGCCAGAUUCCUAUGAGUGGAGCACAAUACAGACGUACGACAAGCGCCGCUAAACAGUCAUCUCUUCACCCGCCUGCUUCUCAUCUAGCCAUUCCUCAUCCUCGGGAGGGGUAUCCGACGCUGGAUUUAUUUUCUCAAAACUGUGUAUAGCUGUUAGUCAAAUAAAAAGAUUCUGUUUCCACAUUGUAGUGAUGUAGCAGUGCUGUACCUGUGCCAGUUUCAUUUGUCCCAGCAGAAGGUAGAAAGGGGCAAGAGGAGGGGGAAAUGAUGUCAUUAUCAAUGUUAGUGAUUUCUGUGACCGUUCUAGACCAUCUGCCAUGCCACAAAGACUAAAUGUUGUUGUGGACCAUCAAAGCAAGGCUAUACCCCGGGGUAUGCUGAAAAUUGCACUGCCAAAGUCACUGUAUAGUGCCUCAUAACUGUUUAAUUGCAACUGAUUGUUCUCAAAGUACAACACACUGGGACAGGUUCUCAUUUCGGCUUUCGAGUGACUUCAGAAAAGCUGUCCUGAUCUCCACCCAGACAUAUGGUGUGAUAUGACAGAUACCUGUGUGUUAUAGUGGUUUGACAAAUAUUAAAAUUAUU